UGGCAUUAUUAUCUGAGUGAGUGAGCUUUUGUGGUAUAUCACUGAAUAUAUCUUAUCACUUCAUACUGGCAGUCAUUCUGAUAACAUGUUUCUAUAUAAAUAAUUUUCUUAACAUAUGGAAAUUGUAUUUUCUGAAGAAUUAUUUGGAUAUUUGCCUAAACCUCAUCAUUUAAAUCCUCAAAAUGCCUAAGCACCAAAUUGUUGACCUUGAAAGCCUUGUUAAAGAACGCAUAAAGAAAUUUCCAUUUGACAAAAAGGAACAAGAUAAUAUGGAUAAAAUUUCGUCCAAUGACAUAAAUUGGAAAAAUCUUGCUGUGUUCCAUGGCGAAACAAAAUAUGAUGAUACAACUUCCUUUAAAAAGCCUAAUUCUCAUAUAUUAUUUACAGCAAAUUUUGAGAAUAGAACCGAUCAUGUACAGAAACAUUCACUGAAGACUGAGCGAAGAACCAAAUCUACAUGUACCUUAAAAACAGAGAGAGGGUAUAGUAUUGGAAGCUCAUUUCAACUUAAAUUAGUGCCACCCAAUCCAGUCAUUGAUGCUAAUGCUGGAUUCCAUGGAUCUCUAAAUGUUUCAAAGAUGGAUGAAGAAACAUUUGAAGAAGAAUUAGUAUGGUCAGUGGAUAGCCAAGUUUCAGUUCAACCUGGUUAUAAAACCUCUGCAAAUCUUGUGAUUCGAGAAGAAGAAUACAUUGGCUCAUUUACCAGUGAAACUAGCUUUCAAGGCUUAAUACAUGUCACAUUGCGAAACAAGAAGGAUCAAUCUGAGAUGAAAACCAUGACAAUUCCUGUUACUCAAGUCUUCACUGAGGAGAAAGGUUUCACAUGUAAUGGAAAUAGUUCCAUCUUUGUCAAUAGAGGAGAGUGUCGAUGUCGAUUUGGUAUUGAGCAAAAACUAUCUUUGGCUGAAGAAAAAUUAGAAGAAAACACAGAAGAUUAAACAUUGCUUUUAUCCUAAAAUGUCAUUUGCAUAUAUCCCAACUUGGUGUCAUAUUCAUUGGUUGCUAUUUGAAAAGCAAUCAUUUAAAGUAUUAUAUCAUUUAAUAUGUAGCCUAUACAUAACCACAGUAUAUUAAUAGGAAAAAAGGAAGCCUAUUUUCCAUUUUUUUUUGUUUAUUUUAUUUUUACUGUAGAAUGGAAGGAUAACUGCACAAAUGUAUUUAGUUACAUUGUGGCAGAGUUGGUUGACAACAUUCAGCAAGCUUAAAAUAGAUUUAUAAUCCAGUUGAAGAGAAGAUGAUGCUUAUUUAAAUCUUUAUUCCCCAAAUUAUGGAGCUUUUUUGAAAUACAAAUGAAUCUAUUUACAUAUAUUUACUAACUAUAUUUCUUUUUAAAUAUUAAAAAAGCAUUUAUAAUAUUUACACAUUUUAUGAUUAAAAAAAAAAUUUAACAAGCUGUUAAAGAAUCCCUCACUGAUUUGCUUUGGAAUUAUAGAAGAAAAAAAACAAUUUCACAAUGAGUGAAUGCCAGCCAGAUAAUAAAUAUUUGCUAUAAUCAUCUAAAUAAAAGAUCACUAAUUUAUUUAGUGUGUAAAAUAUU